AUGGACAGUGUUCUCAUCCCCUCGAGCACUACUGGCAAGCAAGGGCGUAGCUACUCGUACAGCUACACCCCGCCGUACAUCCCGCGACGUCAUUCGGUAGCCGCGGGCACUCCAAAACCCCCAGCAACCACCGAACCUCCAAGUACCCCCAAAACACCAAAGACACCAAGGCCUCCGCUGACAGCCAUUGCCACAUCUCCGCCGGUGUUGGUCAACGUUCAACCUCCAGCCAUGGCGGGACACUACCGUCCUGCCUCGCCUCGGCGGAUCGUGGCUCCUGGACGAGCGUCCACUGGAACAUUCGGCGAUGGCGCUCACGGCAGCUACGAUCCAUACUACCCUGCAAGGACGCGGGAUCUCGACUCACCACGGACCAGCGGCGAGAGGAUUGUCGUUCCCGUAACUCACACCUCACAUCAGUACGCCCCUAGCUCCUCAUCCUCUAGAUCUUCAACGAAAUACGACCCGUACUCGGGACGGCCCAGACGUAACACUCUCACCGAAUCUGAAGGUCGCCUUCCCCGACCCUCCUCGAACUCCCUAACACCGGCUAUGUCCAUCAGGACCCAUGGCAACGUCAGCAACGUCAUUCAUUCCGAGCAACCACGGCCCUCGAGUCCUCUGGCUCGUUCUUGGGACAGCCGUGGAGAGACAUACAUCACCCCGCCAGCCUCUCAGCCUCGACGUGAGCACAAGAGAAUCUACAGCGUGGAUGACAGUCACACGGCAAAGCUCAUCGCGGAGCAGCGAGAAAUCGUAGACCCCCGACGACGGGACAACGCCCACAUUGGAUACAAGUCCACUACUACAAGUGGAGGGCGAAGCUAUCAUCACAACAAGCCGCUAGUCCGCAGCAGUGAGCCGGUGGCCCGCAGCAGCGAGGUCAACGAUGAUGCUUUUUCUUACACAGACCCUGCGUCCAUGUACCGCGAUACGGAGCCUACCUGGAGGAGACGACGUGGAAGCCAGGAGCGGACACCUCGGCCAACCAGCCUCAUCAUGGAUAGCACUGCUCCACGAGCAUCACUACGUGAGCUGGGCCCACCUCCGUCCUCUACUCGGGCUUUCGACAAGAUCAACAGCGGCGUUGGAAGGUCUGGAAGCUUGCGGGACCCUGUUCCGUUACCUUCCCAUGAUCGAUCGUCCUCCCACGACCGAUCUGGCGGAUACCGCGAGAUCGACCCAUACGCUGCGCCCACCCGCUCCUCGUCUACUCGAUAUGCACCUGCUAAGGUGCACCAAGACGGCUACGAUGGGCAUGAGGACCGUCGUGAGCGUGGACGCCAUCUCGGCGGUGGGAGAUACGAAGACCCAGAUGUUGCAACCAGGGGUUUUGGAAUUCGGUCUGGUGGUGAACCAUACCAGGCACGUGAACCCAGCCUUGAUCGUGAACCCAUUUGGGACGCUCGUGACCAGCCUGGCCGAAGAAUUGAAGAAUACCCACCUGGUCCUUAUUAUGCUGACGAAGAUGUUCGUCGUUUACAGGACCCUCGUCUUUCUGACGCCCGGCUACCAGACCCUCGAGUCUCUGACGUUCGGAUACCUGAUCCACGAAUUUCAGAUCCUCGGCUCGCCGAUCCACGUCUUGCUGAUCCACGAGUCGCCGAUCCUCGCUUCUCAGACUCACGAGUUUCAGACCCACGUCUUCCUAAUCCACGUCUUACUGACCCACGCCUCACUGACCCACGCCUCACUGACCCACGCCUCACUGACCCACGAAUCCCCGACCCGCGAUCUUCUGAUUCUCGCAUUCCAGACCCUCGGAUUGCUCGGGAACGUGAUGCUAUCCCUUACCGGGAAGCUGAGCGCGAAAAGGACCUUGGCCGUUCCGAUCGUGACAGAGGUGUAGACCGUGAAAGAGAGAGGGAGCGAGAGCGAGAACGGGAGCGCCCACGCGAUCGAGACCGCGAUAGGGACCGUGACUCAGACCGCGAGCGAGAACGCGAAAGAGAAAGCGGACGAGAGCGUCGCAAAGAUCGCGAUACCGACUACGACCGACGUGAUCGAGAUGUUGGCCUAGCUUCGGCAGCCGUCGCCGGUGCUGCUGCCACAUAUGGUGCUGGCGAGGUACUGAAGAGUCGUGAUCGCGACUCUGACCGAGAACGCGAGCGACGCAAGGAACGCGACCGCGAUGGUGAUCGUGACCGUCGGGACAGGGAAUACGAAGAUCGACCUCGACCUCCAGCCUCCGUUCCGCCCAACUCGGCUGCCUUUGCCGCUUCUGAAGCUGAUCGAACGCCACGAGAGCGGCGGUACGAGGAAGAGGAGGACCGAAGCCGCCAUCACCGCCGACAGUUCUCGUCGGAUGAGCGGUCUGAAGCAGAACGUGAACGUCCUCGACAUUACGUCGAAAAGGAGCCCGAGACCUUGAAACUAGGCAAUCGUGACAAGCCAACCCUAGAAACCGUUCUAGACCCCGAAGAGGACUAUCGCCGUCGCGUGGCUCAAGAACUUGAGCGCAGCAAGAAACCUACACGAGAUCGUGACUCUAGCGACUCUGAUCGUGAGAAAGAUCGCCGCCGGAGGAGGGACCGAGACUCUGACCGCCCCAGAGAUGAGCGUGAUCGUGUGGCAACUGGAGAUUCCAUUGACUCCCGUGGUCCACCGCCUCCUAGAUCAAGGGAUAUGGAAUCCCAACCACGCCAGCACGAGCGGUCCAACAGUGUACUUGAUACCGGCCUCACCCAAGAGCCUGACGCUCUCGCCGUCGCGGAUUCCGAUGGCCCUGCCGACCGCGAAGGCAACCGUGUUCGCAUCGUGUCGCCGCCAAAAGAGGAUCCUGCACCCAUCAAGGGCAUCUUGCGCAAGCCGACAGAGAAGUUCCCGUGGCAUCCAGAUCCAAUCCGGGAAGGGGUUGCCCCGCUGAAGACUGGAAAGACCAAGGACAUUCCGCCAGAUGCACGCUGGACAAAGAUCGAUCGACGCCUUGUGAACCCGGAGGCUCUUGAAGAGGCUCAAGAGCGGUUUGAAGAGCGUCAGGAUUGUGUGAUCGUUUUGCGAGUUCUAACAAAGGAGGAUAUCCAAAAGCUUGCAGAUCGGACCAAGCAGAUUCGGGACAAACGAGAAGAAUCCGAUGAUUACGACCGGGACCGCCACGAUCGUCGUGAGCACGAUGAUAAGAAGCAUGGCCACCGCAGCAAUGAUGAAGGGCGGAGCAAACACAAGUACUCAGAUGACUCUGACUCCGAGGACGAGCCAAGAAGGCCUCGGAUGAUCGAAGGACAGCAUUGA